UACUUCUGGAAAGGGUUUCUCUCUCCUUCUGCACCCACUAACAUGGUUGUGUCGUAAGCAUUCCACAGAGCUGAACUGAACCUACAAGCCACUUCUCCACAAGACAGCAAACUGUACGCUGAGACAAGCCUAUGAGCACCCAGUCUGGCAUUGACGUGCUGUGGGGACUAGUCCUAAUCCCCACAGUACUAGUAGAGAGAUUCCUUCCAUCCCCAGGUUCCCCAGGUUCCCCAGGUUCCCCAGAUAUCCAUCAGUCCGAGACUUCAGGAGGCACUGUCAACUGGAACCAACUGUACAGUUCCCUAGGUUUGUUCAUAACAUAAUGGGUGGCAACCUAACGGCCGGUCCAUCCGCUCCUCCCUUAUAAGCCCUUACCUGCCGUUGGUAUAGGGCUACUCAGCUCUCCUCACCUACUUGUCUCUGCCUAGUGUUAAGCCAUGUUCUUCAAAUAAUCCCAAUUUGUUUUAAGAGGCCGACUCCGUUUAUAUUCCUUUCUUGCCAAUACCAUGCCAUCAAAUAUAAGAACGGCGGAUCAAGGGGAGGUCCUAUCUAUCCCAUCGAUCCCAUCACCAGCUAGCAAGGGCCUUUCCUCCCUGGAAAAGGAAGAUAGCGAGUGUAUUGAGAAAGCAGAGACCGGCCCACCACAGAUUGAUGAUAUUUCGGCUUCGCUGUCUCCAUCUCAUCGUGAAUAUCUCUUUAAACGACAUGGCACCUUGGACCUAGACCCCAUGCCAAGUGCGUCAGACGCAGACCCAUACAACUGGCCUACUUGGAAGAAAUUAACCAACCUCCUACUUGUCGCCUUUCAUGCUUGCAUGGCCACCUUUACAUCAUCAAUCACCCCUGCCUAUGAGGACAUUAGCGUCGAUUUAGGAGUAUCUCUACAAAGAGCCAGCUAUCUUACCUCUCUACAGAUUGCUAUUCUUGGAGGGGCUCCCCUCUUCUGGAAACCAUUGUCCAACCGGUACGGUCGUCGGCCUAUAUUUCUGCUAUCCACCAUCCUCAGUCUUGUUUGCAAUGUUGGAUGUGCGAAGAGCCCGAGGUAUGCGUCCCUGGCCGCAUGUAGAGCUUUAACGGCAUUUUUCAUCUCUCCAGCAGCAGCGAUCGGAAGUGCCGUUGUGGCAGAGACCUUCUUCAAGAAAGAGAGGGCCCGAUAUAUGGGCAUAUGGACCUUAAUGGUCACUUUGGGUAUACCAGUUGGUGCAUUGAUCUUUGGUUUUGUUGCGAAUCGCGCGGGUUACCGCUGGAUUUUCUGGGUUCUCGCCAUCACUAAUGGUGUGCAAUUCAUCCUGUACAUCUUCUUUGGGCCCGAAACCCGCUAUAUUGGUGGUAGUACAGAGGAUUCACCUUCUGGCUUCAAAACCCAAUAUCUUUCAUUUCGACGCAUCGACCCCACCCCACUGACAUUCAGGGAAUUCGUUCACCCGUUGACCAUGGUUAGGUGCCCGAGCGUAGUCGUACCAGCUGUUGUGUAUGCCAUGGUGUUCUUAUUCGGAAGUGUCAUGAUCACCGUCGAAGUUCCUCAGCUCCUACAAGAGAAGUUUGCUCUCAAUACUGAACAACUUGGUCUCCAGUUUAUCGGGGUCAUAGUUGGCACAAUUCUAGGAGAGCAAAUCGGGGGUUCGAUAUCCGAUUACUGGAUGAAUCGCCGAGCACGGCGUACACGAAAGGAGCCGGAGCCAGAAUUCCGUCUCUGGCUCAGCUACCCCGGCAUUGUCUUGACCAUUGUUGGCGUCAUUAUCUUUUUAGUAUGUACCCAGCAGGCCCCUGAGGGGCAUUGGACUGUGACGCCUAUUGUUGGAACUGGAGUGGCUGCCUUUGGUAAUCAAGUCGUGACUACUGUCAUGGUCACAUAUGCCGUCGACUGCCACCCAGACGAUCCUGGAAGUGUAGGGGUCUUCAUUACUUUUGUUCGACAGAUCUGGGGCUUCAUCGGCCCAUUUUGGUUUCCUGAUAUGUUUGCGAACAUUGGUGUCGCUGCUAGUUCAGGUGUUGCGAGCGCCAUGAUAUUCGGCUGUAGCUUGCUACCCACUAUUGCGGUGCAUGCAAUGGGGAGGGAAUGGGCUUAA